UGGAGUUUACAACUGCAGCAGCGAAGACUGUCCACAGGGAUGCUCCGAGUCUCCAGGUCUGAACGAGUGCUGCUCCAUUUGCACAGGAAAUUUGCGAGCGAAGAAAGAAGGUUCUUCACCGAGUCCGGCACUAGGCAGUGCCAAAAACCCAAGCCUUGUUAAAACCAACACCAAAGUCUCACAAACUCUAACGCGGCCUCACUCGAACCUGAGCGUUAGGAACCAGUUUAGAGGCAAGUCUUCCAGCGAAGACCAAACCGCGGUUGGAGAUUCCGUUCCAGCGGUUAGGACGGGAGCCACGGCGCAGCCCCGCGAUGCAGGCGCGGAUACGCGGGUGGGACUGACGGGUGCAGCAGCGAUGGAUGAGAUGGAGGGCACGCGUAGAUGUGCCGUGAGAGGCAGGCUCUACAGACACGGAGACAUCUUCGCUAAUUUCACAGACACUUGGAUGGCGCGAUGCGAGCUUUGUGUUUGCAAUGAUGGAAUAGCGAAGUGUGCCAUCAAAGGUUGUCCUUCUGUAUCGUGCGCACUGCCCCUCACACCGCCCGAUGACUGCUGUAAAAUCUGCCCUGACACAGCAAUGUCGGAGCAGCAAUGGCCGUCCGAGAUAUCCUUCUCGGAUCCUUCAAACUCUCCCUCCUCCCGCACCCGCGACUGCCGCAGCGGGGAACGCUAUUUCCUCAACGGCUCCAAGUGGCACCCGAUCAUAGGGCCUUUUGGGGAGAUGAGCUGUGUAACGUGCCGCUGCAAUAACGGCACCAUCGGCUGCGCGCGUAUCAAGUGCGCGUCGCGGAGCGAGCUGCCGUGCGACCAUCCCGUCAAGAUAGACGGCCGCUGCUGUCCCGUCUGUCAAUCCCAGAACGACGAGAGCAGUUUGCCGUCGUCGGGAGGCGGGCGCGCGUCUCAGGAGCUGAGCGGCGGGGGCGGCGGCCGGACCGUCAAGUGCUUGCCGGCGCGGUCCACUUACGCGGUCUGGAAAUGUGACUCCCGUAAUCCCAUAACCAGGAUUUUGCAGUACCUAUUCGUGCCUCUUCAACAACCCAACCAAGGUGAACGCUAUAUCCAGCACCACCGCCUGAUCCUGAAGGGGUCGUGGCUAGAGGAGGUCACCGUGCAGAACAUCAAUCACGAGAUGUACAGCAGGCUUACCUCUUCGUUCAGCUUCGUGUCCGUGGGGGGCACCAAUGAAAGGCGGAUUAGGAGGCUAAAGGUGCUGGAGAAAGAGCUGAAGAAAGACUGCCAGUCUCCAGCCCAGUCUACCCUCACGGCCACAUCUCAGUCCACUGCUGUUAUGCGGUCUGGACUGCGCCAGUCCAGCGAUAAUAGCUGUACUCAUGGACUUUUAAGACUUGAAGACGCCCUCAAACUCAAGACUGCCAGAAAAAGAGAUCGGUGUAGGGACUCUGAACACCAACUUAAUUAAAUUUUCUUUUAAGUCCCGAUAAUA